UGCGUUGCAGACGGAGUGUUGCUCGGGAACGCGCUUCUUGUUGUCGGGCUGGUAGCUGCGUGAAGGCGAAGCAGCCGUUCGCCUCUGCUUUGUGUCGCGAGCCGAUAGUGAGGCGUCGGUGUCUGAGGGCUACCGGUGCGAGCUAAAGUAAAGGAGCUAGCGGAGUUAACACACUCGCUGGAUGUACGCGCAGCACGGGAGGGCCACACUGCGUGUUUUUUUGUUUUUAACCGUGAAUCCGCCAUGCACGUAUUCCGCCGGAGUUUAAUCAUGUUCCGUUGUUCGAUCUGCGGGGCAGCGCUGUAGGCCCCGUUGUGUCCUCGCGCUGGAGUGUUGGGGUGUCGCGCGAGCCGCUUGUUGGCCCGCGAACCUGCUGCUGGACUGUGUGGCGCGCGCACCUUAACUUAAGCGGCGUACGAAAAACGGAGAAUCGCCGCGACAGCUUCUCGUCGAGUCUCUGAAAAUGUGAGAAAUAACGUGCGAGUAGGCACCCUGAUCACAAGGAAGUUCAUCUAGUGACUGCCACUCCCUCCCGGACCAGGUUAGGGAGACAUGGCCUCCUACUGCCUUCUCCUUGUGGUGGUCCUGCUGUGGGCCUGGACCCCUGCUAGCCAAGCUGGAGACUGUAAGGGUAUCAGGCAGGUGCUGAGGGGGCCACCAGGGUAUGUCACGGAUGGGCCAGGCAACUACUCUGUCAACGGCAACUGUGAAUGGCUUAUUAAAGCCCCCAGCAGCAGUUACAGCAUAGUCCUGAAUUUCACCUUCAUGGAGACAGAGUGCACUUAUGAUUACCUGUUUGUGUAUGACGGUGACUCGUACCGCAGCCCCCUGCUCGCCAGCCUCAGUGGUACCACCCUACCGGAGCCUAUAGAGGCCAAAUCUGGCAAGAUGCUGCUUCACCUAUUCAGUGAUGCCAACUACAAUUUGCUGGGCUUCAAUGCUACAUACUCCUACUCGGUGUGUCCAGGGGCCUGCAGUGGGCACGGCCGCUGUGACUCUGCCUCGGCCCGCUGUCUGUGCCAUGUGGGCUGGGGUGGGCCAGACUGCACCAUCCCACUCUGCUCCCAGUCCUGUUCUCUGCAUGGCUCUUGUGAUAAGAGGAGCGAACGGUGCCUUUGUAGCUCUGGCUUUGUGGGGCGGAGCUGCCAGCUGGGUCUCCGUGAUGACAGCGGGGUAGGACAGUGGUGGGAGGUGAGCAAAGGUGAUGCCUACAUACCUCAUCGCACUGCUGCAGCUGGAGUGUACCUACCAGCAGCUGGAGCAUUGUACCUUUUUGGAGGUUUUGAUUUGAACCAAGCUCUGGGGGACCUGGUAAAAUACAACUUCACCAGCAAUCAGUGGGAACAGAUUUCAAACACAGAUUUGCCAGCUGCUCGGCACUCGCACAUAGCUGUGGAGUGGCAGGGGACAAUGGUCAUCUUUGGCGGGGAGCUUGCCAAUGGUUCCCUUGCCAAUGACAUCUGGAUGUACCGCCCAUUGGAGAACUAUUGGCAGCAGCUUGGACAAUGGAACUCUCCGGAUGCACCAAAACUGGCCAACCAUGCUGCUGCUGUUGUGGACAGCUACCUUUACGUGUUUGGGGGACGUACUGAAGAAGAUAUGUUUUCUUCCUCUCUCUAUCGUUUUGAGCUGAGGAGAGGUGUGUGGGAAAUAGUGCACCCCUCAGGGGGGAAGCCCCCCGCCACAGCAGGACACUCGAUGGUCUUUCACGCCCCCUCCCGAACCCUGCUGGUCUACGGUGGGCACAGACCCACCACUGCCAGGUUUAGUGUGCGUGUAAACUCUACAGACAUUUUCCAUGUGGACAAGCGCUUUUGGACCUCCUUCCGCUCACGUUUCCCUGCCAGCGGCCCAAGGGAAAGGGCAUUCCAUUCUGCCACAGUCAUCGGCAACUACAUGGUGGUGUAUGGAGGUAAUGUGCACAUCCAUUACCAGGAGGAAAAAUGCUAUGAUGAGGAGAUUUUCUUCUACCACCUAGGCUGUCACCAGUGGGUCAUGGCUGCGGAGAGCCCCAUACACAGAGGGGUGCCUGUGCGUGGGCGCUACUCUCAUGUAGCUGCAGUGAUGGAGGGGCGAGUGCUUUUGAUUGCUGGCGGUUACAGUGGGGUUGCUCGAGGAGAUCUGCUGGCAUACAAGGUUCCUCUGUUUGUUAGUAGCGAUCCUGGAGAUAGGGAUGCUGUGUGUGCGGAGGCUCCAGAUGAGAGCAUGUGCCUGAGGAACCCUGAGUGCAGCUGGUGUGAAGGCCGUUGCAGGGAGUACCAUCCGACCAAUCCGUGUGGCAGUACUGGGUGCCUGGGCCUUGCACGGUUCCUUUCCGACUGCCAGUCCUGUGUGGUGUUUAGUGGGGUGCCAGGUUCACUCCCCCGGGCCCCCGGAGAUUUCGGCUGGUGUGUGCAGAAUGAAUCCUGUCUACCUGUGUCAGAGCGGAGUGCAUGCCGUGUGGACCAGAUCUCGGGGGCUUAUGGCUGGUGGGGGGAGCGCACACGCUUCCUCACUUCCCUCCAUUCCUGCCGCAUCGAGAACUACGUCCCCGGGAUGCACCUGCUCACAUUCCAGCACCCACGCAACAACUCGCAGCCUGAUAAGGUAUCCAUUCUGCGUAGCACCUCUAUUAUACUGAGCCCCUCCACUGAGAUGGAUGUCACCUUGCAAUUUCGGGGCUUUAUCCACCCUCUGUUGGGUGCGCCUCCACCCGCGCCCCCUCCACAAGAGACUGUUGCCAUGUGGGCCCGGAUACAGCGCCUCCAUUUUAUGGCUCGCAUGGCCUCGGGGCCAAACUCCCUCAAGCUGUCGGAGCUGGUCGGUCACUGGACAGCCCAUCAAGAGAAGGACAGUCAUCUCCUAACCCGACCAGGAGGAGGACGCCUUUUCCAGAACCUGACCAGGGGGAACCGCUACCUGGUGGAGGCAGAGGGCUACCUCAACAAUUCUGGCUCGGGGCACACUAGUGAGAUGGCCCUGACAUGGAACCGGACUGCACUUCCAGGUGGCAGUGAGAUCUCCUUCCUGUUUCUGGAGCCCUAUCGCUCCAGCUCCUGCUCUGAGUAUCAUUCCUGCCUGGCAUGCCUGGCGGACCAGUCCUGCGGUUGGUGCUCCCCACAGAACCGCUGCCUUCUUCGCGUUCACUCCUCCCUUGAACCCUGCCAUGAGGUGGACACCCAGGAGGAACGUCACCUGCUCAUGGUGCCCCAGCACUGCACUCUGUGUGAGGACUACCGUGACUGUGCUACCUGCACUCAGGACCCCUACUGUGAGUGGCAGAUCAGCUCUAGCAAGAAAGGUGACUACCAGUGCAGUCGAAGGGGAAGGCUGGAAGGCUCCAUCCGUGAGCCAUGGGGGUGCCCUAAAGUCUGUAACCAAAGGAGGACCUGUGACGAGUGUCUGGCCAACUCUAGCCAGUGUGCUUGGUGUGAGUCUGCCCAGGCGUGCUUCUACUUCGCUGCCUAUCUCACCAAAUACCCAUAUGGGGAAUGUCGCGACUGGUAUGACAGCGUCCACUCUGUUCCUCAAUGCAAGCAGUGCUCGGCUCAGACCACUUGCGCUGACUGCAUGCAGACGUUUCAGUGUGGCUGGUGUGGAGACUACAACAACCCCACCAUCGGCAGAUGUCUCCGUGGAGAUUGGGCAGGGCUUGACGACAACUCGUCUUUUAAUUGCAGUGUUGCUGUGGCUGAAGUCAGAGCUUUGAGCCCUGAGCCACAGACAUCCUCGCCUCCUCGCGUGUCGGAGAUGGAGAUGGAGAUGGAGCACCUGAACAGCAUAGUGGAGGGUGAGAAAGAGGCAGUAUGGUCCUACCCCUCAUGCCCAGAUGUAGAGGAGUGUCGCCUGGGGCUGCACAGCUGCCACCUUUUUGCCACAUGCAUCAACACACCUCAGUCAUUCGAGUGUCACUGUGAGAGGGGCUACACUGGCGAUGGGGUGCUGCACUGCAAUCAGACGUGUUACAAUGAGUGCCGGGAGGGCCAGUGCAGCGGCAGCCCUCGGUUCGAGUGUGAAUGUGCCCUCGGCUGGACGUCUGACCCCUCCACCAUGGUCCUGAGUGGAGUUGAGUGUGAUGUGGAUUGUGGCUGCAAUUUCCAUAGCACUUGCGUCACUGCGCCUGGGAUCUGCGAUGAGUGCCAGGACUGGACAACAGGCCCACAUUGUGAACAGUGCCGGCCAGGCAGCUUUGGCACAGCGCUAGCCGGGGGUGAGGGCUGCGUGCCAUGCCAGUGCAAUGGCCAUGGGGACCCCCUGCAGGGCUACUGCCACAAUCAGACGGGCCUCUGCUACUGCACCCACAACACCCAGGGGCCACACUGUGACAGCUGCCUACCAGGCUACUAUGGGGAUCCAAGGAACAACGGUACAUGUUUCCGCCAGUGUCAGGGGCGCACUGUGCUCCUGUCUUCAUCCUCUUCCUUGUCAAUGCCCUUAUCAUCCUCACUGGGCUGGCGUGGGGGGUCUGGGGGUCAGGAGGGGCUGUCCCACUGCCUCUGGGUACUGUCUGUGUCUGAGGACCUGACUCCCUGCCUGCCAGGAGAGCUGUGCCCCUCUGUGGUGCUCAUGCUGCACCCCGACUCACGUACCCAGUGCACUAAUUCCUAUGUGUACAUGUUUGAUGGCUUGCCCAGAUUCCUUAGCAACGGGGUGGUGCACUCAGACCACAAUCUGAUUGGUGCGUUCUGUGGGACCACUCGUACAGAACCAAUCACUGUUGAGGCCACUUCAGGAGUUAUCUCUGUUUAUUUCGAGGCCAAUGUCUCCUCUGGCCCACCACAAGGUUUCAAUGCAUCCUUCUGGGUACGACGGUGCCAGGAGAAGCCAGGCGAAGAGGAAGCCCCCUGCCAGGGUGGAACUAGGUGCCAGGGUGGACUGUGCCAUUGUCAUCCAGGCAGCGGAGGCCCGCUGUGUGACAGGACCUUGUGUCCGGGAGACUGCGGUGCUAAGUAUGGCAGAGGAACAUGCAACACGACCCUGGGAGUGUGCUGGUGCACUGAGGGCUGGGUUGGUUCUGACUGCUCCACUCCUGCAGACACUAGCAGCCUAGUGUGGGAGACCUUGCUGGACACUCAACUGACCACAAACCAGGCUUACAGGUUCCUACACAGGAUGGGCCACUCCAUCGUCUCUGGGCCUCCGGGUAUGCUCUGGAUGUAUGGGGGCUUGUCACUCUCCGAGGGCAUCCUAGGAAACGUCUACAGGUACUCUGUACUGGAACGUCGCUGGACUCAGAUGCUGACCAGCUUACUAGAGAAUGGAUCUGCACCCAUUCCCCGUUACCACCAUGCUGCUGCCCUUCUGACUAAAGACCAGGGACAGACCCACAACAUCAUGCUCGUGGUGGGUGGAGUCACCCAGAAGGGUGUUGCCAUGGAUACCUGGAGCCUUGAUCUCUGCAGUCUGGUGUGGAAGGAGUAUAAGAGCUCAGUGGUGCCCCCUGUUGCUGGACACACCCUCACGGUGCGCCGCGGCUCCUCUGUUCUCCUGAUUGGAGGAUAUUCUCCAGAAAACGGCUUCAACCACCAUCUACUAGAGUUCAGUUUGGACUCUGGGAACUGGACUGUAGCCCCUCAUGGAGGGACACCACCAACAGGGCUCUAUGGCCACUCAGCAGUGUACCAUGAGCAGACAGAUGCUGUGUAUGUGUUCGGGGGCUACCGCUUCCAUGUGGAGUCUGUGGAGCCCUCAGGGGAACUCUACAGCCUGUACUACCCUAACCUCACUUGGUCACUGCUAGUACCCUCCCAGGGGAACAAGCCACUGUCACGGUUCUUCCAUGCAGCAGCACUGCUGAGAGAUACCAUGGUAAUUGUGGGUGGCCGGACUGGAGAAGAAGAUUACAGCAACACUGUCUCUCUCUACCAGAUCAACUGCAACACCUGGAUACAGCCAGCCUCAGCUGUUGGUGAACCAGUCAACAAGUCAGUUUCGCUGGCCAUGGCAGAAUGGGGGGGGCAUCUUUUCCUGUCUGGGGGGUUUAACGGCGUGACACUGGGCCGCAUGCUCACCCUCAGCUUACCUGCUGAUCCCUGUGCCCUGCUGCUCACCCCUGAAGCCUGCAACAGCACCACAGGCAGCUGUGUGUGGUGCAGGAUCAGCUGUAUGUCAUCUGACAUAGCUGAGAGACUGGGUUGUGCAGUUAGCCAAUCUCCCUGCUACCCUACCCCACGCCUGCCUGAGCAGUGCCGUCGGCUCAAGACAUGCAGCGAGUGCCUUGCCCGGCACCCCCGGACCUUCUCGAACCCCACACAGUCGGUGCUGCAGUGCAAGUGGUGCACAAACUGCCCAGAAGGUGCCUGCAUCAGCAGCUCAGUCAGCUGCACUUCAGAGCAUGACUGCCGCAUCAACCAGCGGGAGAUCUUCCUCUCUAGCAAUUGCUCAGAGACCAGCUGCGAGGCAUCUGACUGUCCCAAGUGCUCUGCCUCGGGCAAGUGUAUGUGGACCCGCCAGUUCAAGCGCACAGGGGAGACACGGCGCAUCCUCAGCGUGAACCCUACCUACGACUGGACCUGCUUUAGCUAUGCCCUGCUCAACGUGUCUCCCAUGCAGGUGGAAUCCUCGCCGCCUCUACCAUGCCCACCGCCUUGUCACCACCUGACCACCUGCAGCCUAUGCCUGGGCUCCCGUGGCUCAGACGGGGGUUGGCAGCACUGUGUGUGGAGUGUGGCUCUACAGCAGUGCAUGAGCCCAUCCUUCGUGCCCCUGCGCUGUGAGGCAGGCCAGUGUGGACGUCUGCUCACCAGUGGGGAUUCCUGCUCUCCCCAGUGCUCCCAGCUCACCCAGUGUUCCCAGUGCAUUGCCCGGCCGCAGUGCGGCUGGUGCGCGGCCCGUGGGGGUAAUGGAGUAGGGCGCUGUCUGCAAGGGGGUUUGGAGGGUGUGAGUGAAGAGGUUUGCUCCCAGCGGAACAGCAGCUGGUCCUUUCUGCACUGUCCAGAGGAGGAUGAGUGUGCCAACGGCCAUCACCACUGCAAUAGCACCCAAGACUGUCAUGACCUUCCCCAGGGCUACCACUGCACCUGUAGGCAGGGCUAUGUCUUCAGCAGUGCUUCAGGCCAGUGUGAGCCAGUAUGUGCACAAGGCUGUGUGAACGGGACCUGUGUGUCUCCAGGUGUGUGCCGCUGUCACUUUGGCUUUGUGGGGGAGAACUGCUCCUCGCAGUGUCGCUGCAACAAGCACAGCAACUGCGCCAGUGUCUCUCAGCCUGAUGUCUGCUUAGAGUGCCAUAAUAACACCAUGGGCCAGCACUGUGAGAAGUGCAAGCCACUGUUUGUGGGCUCAGCGCUAGGUGGGGGGACAUGCCGGCCCUGCCGGGAGUUCUGUAGGGGCAACAGUGCUGUGUGUCUAUCCCGGGAAGAGCACAAGAGGGCCUUGGACAACCCCAGAGACUACCCGCUGGACCCUGAGAACAUUGUGAAGUGGGUCAUGGAGGGGCCCACAGAGGACAAUGCUGUUUGUGUGAGCUGUCAGAACAACAGCGUAGGGGACAAAUGUGAAAGUUGCCUCAGUGGUUACUUCCUACUGCAAGGGAAAUGUGAAAAAUGUCAGUGUAACGGUCAUGCUGACACCUGCAACGAGCACGACGGCACGGGUUGCCCUUGCCAGAACAACACCGAAACAUUCUCCUGCCUGACCAGCCAGAGUGACAGGAAGGACUGCUAUAAGCAGCAAUGUGCCAAAUGCAAAGACUCUUUCAACGGAACCCCCAUCAAUGGGCGCCAGUGCUACCGUCAGUUCAACGUCGACAAUGAGUGCUGCUUUGACCCUACCUCGCAGUCGAACUGCUUCCAUGAGCCCAACAUCCGUAACCUGCCCAGGGGCCGGACUGUUUUCUUUGCCGCCCAGCCCAAGUUCACCAACGUGGACAUUCGUGUUACUAUAGAUGUUACCUUCGGAGAGGUGGAAGUAUAUGUCUCAAACUCCCACGACACAUUCAUUGUGGAGGUAGACCGACAAACUGGGGUACACACUAUUAAGAUUGAAGAUGACGGUCUCAAAGGGGACAAAGAGAUUCCACCUUCACCAAUGAAGGUUUACACCAAUUCCAGCUCUGGUCUGUCCCCACCUCUCCUUCCCAGCCCAGCUGUUCAGCAACAGAGCAAGCCCCAAGGAAUGGAGAUCAGGGAGGAGCGGGCCGAGGGCCUCAUCACCUACAUUACCGUGUGGAAGCCCCAGACUGUCCUCAUUGUUCGCGGGGUGCGUGACAGAGUUGUGAUCACCUUUCCUCAUGAAGUACACUCUCUCAAGUCCAGUCGCUUCUACAUUGCCCUGAGGGGAGUGGGCACAGACACUCAUGACGGCCAGUCCCAGGGUCUUCUUUUCCUCCGCCAGGACCAGGCGCACAUUGACCUCUUUGUGUUCUUCUCAGUCUUCUUCUCCUGCUUUUUCCUCUUCCUCUCUGUUUGUGUUCUGCUAUGGAAGGUCAAACAGUUCUUGGACUUCCGCCGUGAGCAGAGGAGGCACAUUCAGGAAAUGACCAAGAUGGCAUCCAGGCCAUUUGCUAAACUCACGGUGUACUUGGAGCCUGAGGAGCCCCAGCUUAUCUACCUGCCGUCCUCAGGUGGGGGGGUCGGUGGUAGUGCCAUCUCCAUCUCCCAUCCCAGGACGGGCAAGCUGGGUGGCAUGGUAGUGGGCCCCAGAGGACGCCUAGGAGCCACUUACUACAAACAAGACCCCUCCUCUGGCUCAGCAGCUCACCAGGCCCACCAUCUUGCUUUGGGAGGUGGUAAUAGCGGCCAGCAUCUUCCUCUCCACUACCUGAAUGCCCAUCACUACGCCCCCUCCUCCACGACCAGCCCAUCCUCUCACCUCCACCAUCACCCAUCGUCCCACAGUGGCUACCAGCACUUUUGUCGCUCCGACCCCUUCUUGUCCCAGCUCAUGGGCUUCUCGUACUCCUCCUUCAAAGUGGGGCCCAUCACUUUAGAGCCCACUGAUGAUGGCAUGGCAGGUGUGGCUACAGUCCUCUUCCAGCUGCCUGGUGGGAUCCUGGCACCAAACCGGGCCUGUCUGGGGUCAGCCCUGGUGACACUGCGCCAGAACUUGCAGGAGUACUGCGGCCACGGAAGUGGAGGAGGUCACCCAGGUGCUGGCGGUGGCCGCAAGGGUCUGCUGGGCCACCAGCACCUCACCACCAUGGCCAUGUGAGGGUGAAGAGAUGGGAAAUAAAGGAAAGAGUGACUACUGACAAAUACAGGGUCUGGAUGAGAGAGAGAGAGAGAGAGAAUGAAGGGAUGGAAGUUUAAAUGAUAACCACCACACUAAUGAGGGUAAGGUGUGCAAGGGGAAGAGUGUUCUUAUCCAUAAGCAGGGACAAAGAACUAUGAUCGCAUCUGUAUAUACUCUGCUUUGGAAGUAUCACACACUUACUAGCUUUUAUUUUUGUUCUAUUUAAUGCUUCACAUUCCCCGGACCAAAUCUAAUAUUCUGUUUUGCUUUCCGCUCUGUUGCAUUUGAUGCAACAUGCAGCCCCUGUAGAGGCAGAGUGUGGUGGACAACCAGUGAGAAACUUGGCCUUGUUUAAUGUAAAUGACCAAUGAAGUAGAAAAUGUAGUACAUAAAGUGAAGGAGUUAAAACACAUUGUAACCACAAUGUGCUCCAUGUUCGAACAUGACAAUCCAAAGAGGACACCAAGAGCAACGGCCUUCAAUGGGAACAGGAGACAGCGACCAAUUGUAAGAGAUUACAUAUAGAAUUACCAAUAGAAGAUGUACAAUAAUUGUCACUUCAGUAUUAAAAAUCUCUCAAGUUAUGUUUAAAAUGUACAGAAAAUGGACAAAAUGUAAGAAUAAUGACUGGAAAGCUUUUUUUGUGGCACAUCUAUAAAUGUAUAAAAGAGAAGACCUUCAAAAAGACCAGAGGAACAUGGAGCCUAUGUGCUCAUGAAGUCAAGCCAUAGGCCUGUGUUUAAUUUCAAAAUGUGAGCUUUUUGAUUGUAUGUCAAAUUCUGUAUAAAUCUCUUUAUGCCUAAUACAUUGCUCUUGUUUGACAAUGCCACAUUUGCCUCUCACUUUACUGCCUUCAGUCAGCCUUUUCUGUUAAUCGCCAUGUCUUUCAACUGCAAUUUCUAUUUAUUUCUAUUUAAAUGAUCAGUUUCAUGACUCUGCUUUUAAUGUUGUAAUAAUUGUCUGCUUUAUGGGAUUUAUGAUAAAUGUUGGCUCAACUUUACAAAGUGUACCCUGAUCAAAUUUUCCUUCAGGAGCCCAUUUGUUUGCAGAUCCUAAUCCUACUGACUCUGAAAUGUGCGAGCUGUUAUUCAGGCAUGACCAGUCUGUAUUUUCCAGCUAGUUAGAACAUACUUGGUCAUUUUUGCCAGGAACUGCUUGACCUACAAGAGAAGAGAAUGUGUAUCUCCCACUAUAAGUAAUGCAUGAUCCUGACAUUUCUCACAAUUGUUUGCAAUUUCACAAAAAAAUGGUUGUUAUACUCAUGAUAAUGAAGGUUUUAUUUUUAUCUUUUAUUUUUAUCUCUCUUUUCCCUACAAAAACAAAUCUCGAGCUCAAGUAUUGGUUGCAUGUUUGGCUUUUUACUUGCUGGACUGUGAUUUGUGUGUGCGUGUGUGGGGGGGGGGGGGGUUGUCAGUUCUCUGAUUGGCUGUGUCAAUCAGUGACACAGUAUUUCAAGACUAGGUGCUUUUUUAUUGUCAGGGCAGGAGAAUGAUUGAGGGAAAGGAUAUUGAAGAAAUUUAAAUGCAAUAUGAGCAUUUGGAUAUGAUAAACCUGUCAAUUCCUCCUCCUGGUGAAAAAA